GGCCGCCUCUCGCUCUUGCGCCGCCCGGACUCGCCGCUGCAACGCCGCCGCCGCCCCGGAGUUUCCUUUCAAGAUGUCGACUGUCCACGAAAUAUUAAGCAAGCUGACCCUAGAGGGGGAUCAUGCUGUUGCUCCGAGCGCCUAUGCCACCAUCAGGUCAUAUCCGAACUUCGAUGCGGAUAGAGACGCUAUGGCCAUAGAAACAGCUAUCAAGACCAAAGGCGUGGAUGAGCCCACCAUCGUCAACAUUUUGACAAACCGCUCCAAUGAGCAGCGGCAAGACAUCGCCUUCGCCUUCCAGAGGAGAACUAAGAAGGAGCUGCCUGCGGCCUUGAAAUCGGCCCUUUCUGGUCACCUGGAGGCUGUUAUUCUGGGCCUCUUGAAAACGCCAGCCCAGUAUGAUGCCUCUGAAUUGAAAGGUUCCAUGAAGGGACUGGGGACGGACGAAGAGACGCUGAUUGAGAUAAUCUGCUCACGGACCAACCAGGAGCUCAAUACAAUUAACAAAGUCUACAAAGAAAUGUACAAGACCGAGUUGGAAAAGGACAUCAUAUCGGACACAUCCGGCGAUUUCCGCAAGCUGAUGGUCGCCCUGGCCAAGGGAAGGAGAAAUGAGGACCACUCAGUGGUUGACUACGAGCUGAUUGACCAAGAUGCUCGGGAUCUCUAUGAUGCUGGGGUUAAGAGGAAGGGAACAGACGUUCCCAAGUGGAUCAACAUUAUGACCGAAAGGAGCGUUCCCCACCUCCAGAAAGUGUUCGAGAGGUACAAGAGCUACAGUCCUUACGAUAUGGAGGAGAGCAUCAAGAAGGAGGUCAAGGGAGAUCUGGAAAACGCAUUCUGUAAUCUUGUUCAGUGCAUUAACAACAAGCAGAUGUACUUUGCCAACCGGCUGUACGAUUCGAUGAAGGGCAAAGGAACCAAGGAUAAGGUGCUGAUCCGGAUCAUGGUUUCCCGCAGUGAAGUUGAUAUGCUGAAAAUCAAGAGUGAAUUCAAGAGGAAAUAUGGAAAGUCCCUCUAUUACUUCAUCCAGCAAGACACAAAGGGAGAUUAUCAGAGGGCGCUACUGAACUUGUGCGGAGGAGAUGACUGAAAACUGUGACAGAGAAGACCCAUUCUUGCCUGGAAAUCUGUGGUCUGCUUUCCUUCUCCUCGUGCAGAACUAGUCCCAUUGACACACUAACUCUUCUGUUCUCUGCAUUUGCAAGACUCGAUACCCUUCGUUGCUUUCAUGUCGUCCCCUAACUUGGCUAUGCGUGGCUUGGCUUUUACCCAAAUAGCUAAUCUAAGCAGGAAUAAUGAUGCUGUAAGAAGUUAACAUUCCAGAGAGAGGCAAACUUGUGCUGUGAAAGAUUCUGCAUCUGUAUUACGUACCUGUCAAAAGGACAAAUAAAGUGGAAUUUUUACUUUAA